GCUCUAAAUAAUCUCGUCCACUGACUCCCUCCCCUGCCUAUCCACUCUGCUCCAUCUCCAGCUCCACCGCCAUGGAUUUAUCCUCCCUAGCGAGGCCGCAGGCGCUCCGCGGCGGCUCCACGGGCGCUCUGGGCGCCCACGCCGCCCGACGCCGCUCCGUCCAGCUGCUCCACCCGCGCAGGCCCACAUUCCGCUGCUCCGUCGAGGCAGCCAAGCAGCAGGUGCAGGGGACGCUAGCGGCGGAGGCGGAGGCGGCGCGCAAGGAAUGCUUCGGGGUCUUCUGCACCACCUACGAUCUCGAGGCGGAUGAAAAGACCAAGUCCUGGAAGAAAUUAGUGAACGUUUCUGUGUCAGGUGCGGCCGGGAUGAUAUCGAAUCAUCUGCUCUUCAAACUUGCCUCCGGUGAGGUUUUCGGACAGGACCAACCAAUAGCACUUAAGUUAUUGGGCUCGGAAAGAUCAUUACAAGCACUCGAAGGUGUAGCUAUGGAACUGGAGGAUUCAUUGUAUCCAUUGCUAAGAGAAGUCAGCAUCGGCAUAGAUCCUUAUGUGAUCUUCGAAGAUGCAGAUUGGGCCCUUCUAAUUGGGGCCAAACCCAGAGGACCUGGAGUGGAGCGAGCUGCGUUACUAGAUAUCAAUGGUCAAAUCUUCGCUGAACAGGGGAAAGCACUUAACGCUGUGGCAUCUCGGAAUGUGAAAGUCAUAGUUGUUGGGAACCCCUGUAACACUAAUGCUUUGAUCUGCUUGAAAAAUGCUCCCAACCUACCAGCAAAGAACUUUCAUGCAUUGACAAGGUUGGAUGAAAAUAGAGCCAAGUGUCAGCUAGCGUUAAAAGCUGGUGUGUUUUAUGACAAAAUAUCAAAUAUGACUAUUUGGGGAAACCAUUCAACAACUCAGGUUCCUGAUUUCUUGAAUGCCAAAAUUAAUGGGACGCCAGUAAAAGAAGUCAUCAAAGAUACAAAGUGGCUAGAAGAGGAUUUCACUAUAACUGUUCAAAAGCGUGGAGGUGUGCUCAUCCAAAAGUGGGGCAGAUCUUCAGCUGCAUCAACAGCUGUUUCCAUCGUCGAUGCCAUGAGGUCCCUCGUAACUCCUACCCCGGAAGGAGACUGGUUCUCUACAGGGGUUUAUACGACCGGAAAUCCUUAUGGCAUAGCAGCAGACAUUGUAUUCAGCAUGCCGUGCAGAUCAAAGGGCGAUGGUGACUAUGAACUAGUUAAAGAUGUGGCGAUGGACGAUUUUCUCUGGGGCCGGAUCAAAAAGAGUGAAGCUGAACUGAUUGCUGAGAAAAGAUGCGUCGCCCAUCUUACAGGGGAGGGUAAUGCAUUUUGUGAUCUUCCUGGGGAUACAAUGCUUCCUGGAGAGAUGUAGUGCUACUGCUAUCGAUGAUACUAGCAAUCUGCCAAUUGCUACCAGGAUGUCAUGUUAUUAUUAGAAGGCAACGUUCCCAACGCCAACUGGAAGAAGGAUAGUUGAGAGAAACGACUGCUUGCAGGCUGCGGCAGCUAUUUAUCUUGUGUGUAUUUAAUAAGCACGCAGACUUUUGUUGUGCACUAGUAAUAUACGUAUAAAGCAAAAGAAUUUUCAUAAUAAAAAGGGCAAAAAGCCAUAUGGAGCAGAGUGUUUUUUUUU